ACACCGGAAAGCCCGCCCCCAGCUUCCGGUGAAUUCACAACAUCCAAGAUGUCUGCUGCCAUUUCCUCCCUCGCUUCAUACUGCAGCGACUCCGAUUCAGAAAAUGAGUCUGAAUCACAAGUUAAUGUCGGGAAAGUGGAUCCAGCUGAUCCGGAUGCAACGGCUCAUCUUAAACCCCUGCAGUCUGGACAGACGAUGUCUUUGGCUGUUCUCAAUUCUGCUCCUGAAGUUGCCGUAAAGGUAAGCUAACCAAGCUAACUAUCGCAUGAGACGGAGGUUGCCAGAUAGUCUUCCUGCACCAUCAGCGGGGGCUUAUCAUUACUGUCAAGGGGUUCUAUGCCGUUGAACAGUUGUACUCGGCAGUCAUCAGUGUGUAUCUGCAUUGUAGGAGGCCGUUGAGACUGGCACACAUCUGGACCCUGCUUUGAAAGAAGUCGCCUACAAUCCUACAUAUGACACCAUGUUCGCACCCGAAGUAAGUCUCCUUGUCUGAUCAUCAAGUUGUGUUUCAACAAAGAGCUUUUUGAGGACCCUCUUAUUGAGCUAUAAAGUGUGCCUGUUCAAACCGAAAAGGUGCAGCUAAACACUCCGCAAGCACUUUGUAGAGAGGGGAGGGCAGAUGUAACGGUGCUGGAUCCCCUUUCUCCUAACCAGAUAUUAUUGGAUAAGUAAAAUUGUGUACCUUAUGAAAAAGACUGUUUGAUUUCGGUGGUUAAGAUUAGUCUCAUCAGGAUAAACGGGAUGAUGCAUAAGAGGGCACAGAGAUGGAUGCAAAGAGAGAGAUGGAGCUCACACAGGAAGAAAUAUUUCCUGUAGUCUGAUGGUUUUUUAGUUAUCAACAUGACUUACCCGUAGCAGGUGUGAGAUUGAGAUUGUUUAUUCGAUCAAAUAUACAUAUAAUACAAUUUUAGACUUUUUUUUUUUGAUGUUCGAAAGGAGUAGGUUGAAGCUAUUUAGCUUACAUGUACCUACCCUCAUUCCUUCCUAUUUGUUUACCUUAACAUGUCUUUAGAAUGUCAGAUAAUGCCAAAAUAUAACCAAAGCUCCAAAGUCUAACAUGAAUAUGUAACUAAUCAUCAAUACUAAAACAAAGACCUAAUAUAAACAUAUACAUCCAUACCUACACACAAAUAUACACUUUAUACAUACACCUAGAAUACUUCAAAUCUCUCAUAUGUACCAUACCCAUAUACAAUAUAAUAAGUGUGGCAAAACAAAAAAUCACAUCUGUUCGUAUUUGUGAAUCAUACUCUGCUUUAAUUUACUCUUAAACUAUGCUCUAGUUUUGCUUUGUUUAAGAUCAUUGGGCAAGCUGUUUCACAGCUUCACCCCCACAAAAGAAAGACACAUGUUUGUAGGUGUGGUACGAACGCCUGGUUGUUUUAAAUUGCAUUCCCCUGUUAAUGCAUACCUUCCCUCUCUUCCACCAAACAUUUCUGUUUAUUAUUAGGGAGUAGAUUGUUACUAGCUCUAUACAGUCUCUGUGCAGUUCUAAAUUCAACUAGAUUGGCAAAUUUUAAUACUCUUAGUAUCCUAAGAUGAUGGAAGAAUCCUACCUUGUUAACAAUCCUUGUUGCUCUCUUAUGCAUAAUAUAUACACUACAGGCCAAAAGUUUGGAAGCAAGAUCAGAUUUGUAAAACAAGAGAUCAUAGUUUCAUAUAUAUAUAUAUAUAUAUAUAUAUAUAUAUAUAUAUAUAUAUAUAUAAUUUGCAACACAAUUAACAUGACUAUUGUGUAAGGAGUAACUUAUCAGAAGACAUUUUGACUAUAACUAUUAGGUAUUUGAGUUUUUUUUGCUUAGACUUUGCUUUCUUUAAAGUAACCUCCUCUGGCUUUAAUAACAGCUUGGCAUAUACCAGGCAUUCGUUCCACAAGUUUUUUUAAGGUAUGUUCCAGGGAUUGCAUUCCAAGCUUUCUUAAGUUCAUUAAAAAAAGAUUGCUGAUUCGUGGGAUGCGUUUUUCUGACCGAUAGAUCCAAUUCAUCCCGCACAAGCUCAAUUGGAGAAAGGUCUGGAGACUGAGGGGGCCAAACCAUCUUUUGCAGAACACCUUCCUCUUCUUUUUUGUCUAGGUAACCCUGACAGAGCUUGGCAGACUGCUUAGGGUCAUUGUCUUGCUGCAAAACAAACUUAUGAGCCACAAGUCUUAGUCCAGAUGGAACAGCAUGGUGCUGGAGGAUGGAGUGGUACUGUUCCUUCUUCAUGAUACCCUUUACUUCAAACAAAGCUCCUACUCCAUCACCUGCAAAACAUCCCCAUACCAUGGAACUACCACCUCCUUGCUUAAUUGUGGGUGUAACACAUGGUGCUUUCAGACGUUUACUAGUUUGUCUGCGGACAUAGACUCAGCUUUUUUCAACCAAACAGUGCAAAGUUGUUUCUGGUCAUCAUAAGUCCAAUUUUUGUGAGCUUUUGCCCACUCAUAUCUCUUUUUCUUGUUCUGUGGACGAAGUAGCGUUUUUUUGCAGAUACACAACCCUUCAGACCAGCCUUUCUCAAACGUCAUUUCACGGUUGUCAGAGAUAUGGGUUUCGACUUUGUCAUGUUGAUUUCCUCCCUUAUUUGUGGUGCUGUCUUUUGCCGAUCUCUCUUACUGGUGACAAUGCUAUGUUUAUCCUCUGCUUUUGUAGUAACUCUCUUUCGUCCAGGUCUUUUUCUAUCAUCAUAACUUCCAGGUUCCUCUAGUCUCUUCAGAGUGUAGUGGACUCCUUUCUUAAACACCUUUCGGCAUGUUGCAAUUUCUCUUUCUGUGUAUCUUUCUUUCCUCGAUGUACAAAUCUGUACUUUUGGUUCUUUACUCAGUUGCUUAUUUCUUGCCAUUUUUGCGGUAGUUUGAACGCAGUUGAGAUUUAUUAGGAUUUUUGUAAGCAGACUCUCAAAAGCCAAAACGUUGGAGUGAAUAAUCCAACUGUGAUUUGUUUUUUUGCUUUUGCACUGAAGUUGUGACUCUUGCAAAUGUUUUCAACCCUAAAACUAAGCUCUUACUGUCUUUUGCUGACAUAUGUUUAGCAAUGGUCUGUUAACAUCAAUGUAUAUCUAAAGGUAAAUGGAGUAAAAUGGUGCAUUUACAUGAAAGCAACAUCUGAUAAUGGAGUAAACACAUCCCAAAAUAAAACUCAUGCUGGAUUUUUAAAAAAGCAUUGUGAACAAAAAGUUGAAGUUACUCCCAACUGUUUGGCCUGUAAUGGCCUUGCUUCCAAACUUUUGGCCUGUAGUGUAUAUAGUUUGUAAAUUCGUCACAACCUAUAUAUACCUAUCUAGAACUUAAGUUAAAUGAAAGUUCUAGACAGGUUGGAAAAAGAUGUUUCUUUUACCAAAUAACUGCCAUAAAUACGACUUGAAAAAUAAUGGCCAUGUGUGAAAACAAGACUAGUUACGAAAACAGUCAAACAAACAGAUUUAUUUUUGCUUUGAAAAGCCCUCUACGAUUACAACCAUACUACAGUUUUCAUGCUCAUGACAUCAAAAUUGCUGAUACAAUGUCAAUGAAGGCUGUAGCACAUCAUUUCCUGUCUAAUGUGGCCACAACCUGCAGCUGGCUUGCAGAAAAGAAAUCACCUGCAGUUUUCUUGAUUUGCUGCACAUUUAAUGAAAAGAAAGAAAAUCAUUGCAAAACACUUUUUUUUCCAGUGUUAUUAUUCAACCUUUGUCUCUUCCUUUUAGUUUGGACCACUUAACCCAUUCAAAUCCCAGCAGAUGGCAGCCCCAAGGAACAUGUUAUCAGGCUACGCAGAACCUGCUCACCUUAAUGACUUCAUGUUUGAACAGCAAAGGAGGACCUUCUCCACCUAUGGUAAACUGAUCUGUGACCUCAGGGAGUUUAAAUGAUGUGGACAGAAUAUCCUACCUGAAUUUUUACAAAUCUGUGUGCACAUUGUCUUCUUUGCUUUCAGGUUAUGCAUUAGAUCCAUCGCUCGAUACACACCAGGUAUCAUCUAGUAGUUACAUUGGUGCAGUGGAUGAGGCUGAGAAAAAUAAAGGUAAUCACAUACCACAUCUUAUUUCUGAUGCUUGUUUUUGUAAAUAGCUGCAUUAAUUAGAUUUAUUUUGCAUGAUUAUUUGAUGAAUUACAUUGAAAGGUGUGAUACCUGAUUCUUUGUCUCUAGGGUUGACUGUAUUUGAGAGUGGAACCAAGAAAGCAGACAAAAGGAAAAAGGUCAAAGGUGGGGAUGCAGGAGAGAUAGACAACUUCCUGGGACCAUGGGCGAAGUAUGCAGAUGAGAAAGAUGUGGCCAAACCAUCUGAGGUACAUUUUUAGGGCUGAUUGUUUUUUUUAUUUUUUUUUUAAAUAAGACAAAUGUUAAGUGCACGCACUCUUUUUUUUUGUGCUAAUCUCAUUAAUAAGGGCUUUUGUAUUCAUGUAUUAUGUACAUCCAAAGCAUUACAAGUGCCCUUGAGUUGUUUCUUGAGGCAUACUUAAUGUGCUACCAGUAGUAUAAAUAGAAAUAGCAGUAUAUUUUCGGUAUUCUGUAACUGGUUUAUUGUUAGAGAUUAAGGUUUUGUAAUUGAUGACUCAUGUGUCAUUUUAUUUCCAGGAAGAGCAGAAAGAGCUGGAUGAGAUCACAGCCAAGAGGCAGAAGAAGGGAAGGAAUGAGGAGGAGGCUCCUUCUGAGGAGAAGACCAUUCUGCAUGGUACACUGGUCUUUCAUUUCAAGAAUUUAAACAAAUUAUGACUGAUUCAUUCAGCUAAUACAUCUUUUGAAAAUCAACCUUGACUCUUCAUGAAAUCUCAUCAUUGUGGGUAAAGUGAAAGAUUUGAAGUUGAGGAAAGUUUUAUCAUAUCACACAGCUUUCUUUGACAGAUAAUGUUUGUUCACUAGUCAUGGCAUGAUAGAUAACUCAACCACAAGAGUUUAAGGUCAGAGGCUGCACUUCAAGGGGCUUUUUGUUAAAGCGAUGAUUGGUUGUUUGGACCCCUGUUUGUGGAGUCGCAUUUGUCCUCGCUGUUCAGGGAUUCAGUCCUACGUGAAAAUUCUCUUUGAGGGAAGGGGUGUAACUGCUGAGAGCUUGUAGAAGUCUAGUUUACUCUAAGAACUGAAUACUGCAAGGUUUUCUUUCAAUUAAAAUGUCUCUUUAUUUUCUCUUCAGUUAAAGACAUGUAUGACUACCAGGGCAGGUCUUACCUCCACAUCCCACAGGACGUGGGCAUCAACCUGCGUUCAGCCGACUCUCCAGACAAGUGUUACCUGCCUAAAAAACAGAUUCAUGUUUGGUCUGGACACACCAAGGUGAGUAGAAGAGACAUGUUUAUACUAAUUGUACUUUGUGUACCAAUUAAGAAAAUGUUCUUGAAAUGUAUUUUUUAAAUUGCUCCGAAAUGCAAAACAUAAUAGGAAAAGAGAAAUUCUGUUGAGCAGUCCUUUUAGAAUCUCUCGAGCUAUGCAUAAAAACAUACUGGAUUCUGUAGCAUAAAAUGAUAACAGUGACAGAAAGCUCCACUUGUGACAGACAUCUCCAAAUUAUUCUGUCACCUUCAAAACACUGUUUUUAUAUUCAAAUAUAACGACAAACGCUGGGUUAUUCUGAGAAAGAUCUGAUCCAAGCCUUAGAUCUGCCUUUGUGCUUGAGGGAGGAAGAAAUCACUCAAGUUUUAAAUUGGCUCUAUCUGCUUUGUGCAGGAAGUUAGAGCCUCAGGAGUCUAAUUUGAAAUACAAAGAGGUAUGAAGAGAUAAUAAGCAUGUGGAAGUGCUGAUGUAAUAGAUAUAGAACGGCCCAUAUUGUGUCACCAAAGUUUUAAAACUAUCUUUUGGGGGAAAGUUUGAAGCCAAUACAACUUUUAUAGCUAUUAGAGUGCCAGCACAGUUUGAACAAACUCUCUAUCUUCUCUGCUUACUAUAUGGUCCAGCUGAUAACUUUCUGCAGAUAUCUAUAGCUAGGCUUUACUGAGCCAACAUCAUCAACAUUCAGUUUUAUAUACAGGUAUGUAAAAAAAAAAAAAAAAAAAAAAAAAAGGUGGUUAGUGCAUCCUUUCUCUUUCGAUUUUGCAUUGUCUUUGACUCUGUAAAUUUAUAGUUUGGGCAACACCUGAACAAAAACAACUUAAAAAUGCCCCCAUAUUAAAAAAAGGGUUAUAUUAUAGAAAUUAAGAAGACACUAAUGGAUAUCCUUUAUAAAUUUGCACAACUGUGGUAUUAUGAUGUUGUGCAGAUAGGCCAGAUGUGUAAUUCACAAACACAGUUUCAUCUUCAUCCAUAACAAUCCUGACUAUGAAAAGUAUAAUUUGGUUCCUAGUCCUCGAGUAAUGUUUUAAGAAAGACAAAUAUUGUCAGGUUUGAAUCAUUUCCUUUUUUCUGUGUGUUUUCCAGGGUGUCAGUGCUAUCCGGCUAUUCCCCAAAUCUGGUCAUCUGUUGCUCUCAUGCUCCAUGGAUUGCAAAAUCAAGGUAAAUACACAGAAAAUGCAGCUGGUAUCAGUAUUGGCAUUGGCCAUUCAAAAACUGUAAUCACUGCCUUGUGCCCUGUGUGUGAAAGCUGCUCAGCAAAAACUCAAAUUGAUUAAAAUCAGAGGGACUUCAAACCACACUGGAUUGACAUCCCAGCCGUUCCUCAAAACUGAAGUCAAAUUAUACAAAGCUUCUCCUGGUGAUUAGCUGAAAUGUAAGAUACAGAGCCUCUCUCCCUCCAGUUGGAACAGGAGUUCAGAGCUUAUAAUCGAUUAUUAUUAUUAUUAUUACUACUUCUACUACUACUAAUAAGGAUCAACAGGUCUUGUCUUUAUUCCAUAGAUACAAGCAUAUAGCUAGCUAGAUCACAACAACAGCAGCUUUACGGCAGCCGACGGUAACCAUGAAGGGACAAAUUACUGCAAAGAGUGAUAGCAAAUACACAAGGAACAUGGCAGAGAGCUGCCAAAUUCAAGAGCAGCCAAUAAACAAACUCUCCUGUCUGUUUCCACCCUGAGAAGCUUACGCCUGCUAAACACUACUGUUAGACCAUGUUGCAUUUAAUGUGUUCAGGCUCAAUUCAUAUUGAUGAUGUUUGCCACAUCCAAAAAGUGUUCUUGGAGCAGAAGACAGUUGCUGAGAGGCUGUGGUUGGACUGCAGGGUGAACUGUUUUUUUUUUCUGUGCGUGAGAAGGAGAGAACAGUUUCUCAAAUACAAGGAGGUUAGAGCUGUUAAUCUUUGGUUUACAGUGUAAAGGCAUUUAUGCUGAAAUUGAUGUCUAUUCCUAAAGCAUUCCUGAAUAAUAGAGAAAGGGAGUUAAAAUUUAUCGGCCUGCUUGCUUUCCUCUGAUGCAAAAGUAGAUCACCAGUGACAUAAAAAUUCAGGAUGCAAACAUUUGCAAUGAAUCGUGAUAUCGAAUCGAACCGAAUUGGAGACACAAUAAAUGCAAUGGAAUCGAAUUGUGACACCAGUGAAGCUGCAAUGCCCCAGUUAAGUAUGUCUCCAGCUAAGUUGUGCUAAAAUACAUCAUUAGCAUAAGAUGAUGACAGUCUGAAUUGAGGCAGGAUUUUUGUUUUUCAAUUAGUUGUGGUUUUGGGGUUCAGUGUUGUUCGAAACUCUUCACUCAGACUUUAUCGUAUUCCUCUUCUCUGCACAGCUAUGGGAGGUUUACAACGAGAGGAGAUGCAUGCGGACAUUCAUCGGUAAGUGACUACACUACCUGAUAGGCCUAACUCUGGAAAUAUUUCAUUGUGCUGAGUAGUAACAGUAUUUUAUUAUACUCACAAUACAAUUUAAUCAUUUUAUGAUCAACCAUGGAUCACCAGCAAACAUGCUGAUAUGAAAUAUGCUCCGGGUCUUUUGGGAAAUACUGAGCGGUGACAGACUGUGAAGUCGGGGGGGGCACACGGAGGGGUUGACUUGUGGGAAGACAGAGCAUGGUUCAGGUGUGAAUGAACUGACACAGAGUGACUGGCAGAGGAGUUUGUGAGUUGAAGAAGGAGCAGAGGUGCAGAUGAUGUUCAUUUUUUUCAAAAAUCAGAGAGGUGUCAGGUAAGUACAACAUAUUAGCUUUUCACUUUGUUGUUGCUGCUUUGCUUUCAGUUCUCUCAUCUGCUAGCUCAUAUAUUCCCUUUUCUUUGACAAGAGUUAUAAAUUAUUCCUUUUUUUUCUAAUCUCUGAGGUUUUUACAUUCAGAUCUUUUAGAGAGGACGUCCAACUGUUUGAAUCUUGGGGUGGAAUAAAAAAACUCAAAUUUCAGUUAAUAAACCCAAGCUUUUAUUCAUCUUGAUUUCACCCUUGAGUUCUUUGUGGGGCAAAGGUGGGGAAAAGCAAAAAGUUUAUCUCAACCUCUGAGAAUGUUAUUGUCUCAGUUAGACUUUAAAAUGUAAUUUCCUCUAUGGAUGACUUGUUUGAUAAUGGAAGAGGGAGAGAAAUCUCUGUUGAUCUGAUCACUCAUUAUGAGUGCUGUGUAGGCAUGUGUCUUCUUAUGGGGCUUUCACCGGCAUUUACUAUUUAACUUAAGGUAGAGGUCACUCUGAUCCAAAGUCCAUGCCCCUUUACAAGCAAGUCGUAGCUGCAUGUUUUGACAAAUCAAAUCAAAUCAAGCUCAUCAAGCUGAUCAUGCAGUGGAGCAUUUGACCUUUUUGAACCAAACACUCAAAAGCCACAUGUUGUCUUUACUGUUCCCCCUGGUGUCACUAGUACAACAGCUCACUGCCACCCUGCUGAGUUUGACGAAUAAAAUCCAGGUGAAGCAGCAGGAAGAUACUCGUCUGUUGAUCUUCAGAUAAUAAUUCAGCUGAACUUUCACUUCUGCCCAAAAAUGAGGAUAAAAAUGAAAGAUUGUGUACUGGUCAGAGGAUAAGGGUCGACUCACAUUAUGGUGUGCCAUAUGUUUGAGGGGGAUCUGAAGCGUGGCACCUCAGUGUGGAGUCUCCCACAAAUCAUCAAAAAAACAAUAAACAAGUGUUUUCAUGUCUUCUUAAUAGUACAUUAGAUGUUGUUAAUAUGUUGAUUAGAACAACUUGCAUAAGAAAAAGAGUUCUGAUUUAUGAACUUGAACAGAAUCAGUCAAGUCAACACAGAACAAACCCCUGAAAUCACUGCAACAGUAAAUGCAACCAAGCAGUCAUCAACAAGUAAGCCAUACCAAGUAUGCUGUCUCUGUUUUUGGUUUGCUGAUACCUUCAUUAAUUUGUCAAAGCUGUCUGCUGAAGCUUUUCAUAUUCUCCAUAUCUCGUGCAAAUGACAGAUAGUGAAACAAGUUAGUAGUCAAGCUAUCUUAAACACCAACAGCUUCCCAACAGUUUGCAGACUGGUGUCUUUUGAGCAACGAGUGUGUCUUCGAUGCCGAACAAUCUCCAUGAAAGUUAGGAUGAGCCACAUCUGCUAUUAAACUGAACAGCGUUAGAUUUUAACUGAAGCCUUGCAGGUAGUUUCAUUGUUUUUGCACGGAUUUAGCACAUUGUAAAAUCAACAACUAAGUUAUUACCCUGCAUGAAACAUGUUGCACUCCUAAAAUAAGGUUAUAAUAACAAACAAAUAUGAGGGUUCUAGUGUCUGCACAGCACCCCUAGCCGAUUACAUUCAAAGAGCUCUGUUUUUCUUUCCUACUCAUUGUAGCUCAUUGGCAUAGACACACUGUAUAUCUGAGACUUGUAUCUCUACAGCUAGUCUUGUACAGAAGUAAAUAUCCUCACUGGUUUGGAAUAACAUGCACAAUUACUUUGAUUCACUCUCUCGUAAGGUUGAUAGUUUUCUCUGUCCACUACACUGUUAGGCUCCUUCACUGUCUUCAGCAGACCAAAGUUACAUAGAUAUAAACUUUUUCUCUGACUCUUGAGAUCAAUAGAGGAGUGUCUCCCUGCUGCUUGUUCUGAUUUUUAUUUCACACUUCACACACCUGAAAACUGACAGUAUUGGGGUUGUACUGUUUUCAAUAAGCCAUCAGGGAGAGCAGUCAAUGUGAAAAGGGUUCUCACUGCAUGGAUAUCCGUAUCAGCCAUUUCUAGCUUAAACUGCAUUUGUUUCAAGUUUGAUGGUAUUUGCUCUCCCUCAUCAGCCAGUUCAGUUCAUCAGUCAGAAAAAGUUACUAAGAAUACAUUUGGGUAUGUAAAUAAUUCAGCAUGUUUAUCACAGAGAGUGUAAUUGUAUCUAUAGAGUGAAUAUACUGUAUUUAAUUCACUCUAAAGUGAGUGAGCAAAGCUUUCAGCAGCACGAGUGUAUCGCAUUGGUAUGCCAGUGAGCCUGGUUAGAGCAAGCGAGCAGGCAAGCACUUAACCUCACUGGGUCCCACUAUCGCCGUGGAAACAGUGCUGCACUGAUAAAAGCUGAUUCUAACAAGGGAGGCGUUAGAGUUCGCUGAAACACACAGGGAGCUGGCAUCACCUGCACUGAAUGAGGAGAAAGGCAAAAGGCUGCAUAGAUUAAAAUUUAGAAGAGAAAAACAGAAAGUGGAGAGGAGCAGAGAAGAUUGACAGUAUUUUUUUGUUAUUUACAGAUUGAGUUUCCCUCAUCUUUCCCUCAUGAGUUUCUAUAACUAGGUCCCACAUCCUCAAAUACAUUGGCUAUGAAAUAAAGGCAGCAGGGGGGAGCCAACAAAACAUGCAUGCAUACAUACAUUCAAGUUUGUCUGUUUAACUGUCUGUCAAUUUCCUCCUCUGGUGUCAGGCCACAGCAAAGCAGUGCGAGACAUUUGCUUCAACAACAGUGGGACCCAGUUCCUCAGCGCUGCCUACGACCGCUACCUCAAACUAUGGGACACUGAGACAGGUACGCUCCGCCACUCUGAUGUAUCUUUUCUGUUCCCUGCCUCGUGCUGUGCUUCUUCAAAAUGACUGAAUCAAGAGAGAUGUACUCUCCAUGAGUAUGUCUCUUAUACAGAACAUCUCUAUUAAUGUCUCAGUGAGAGCACAUGGAAUGAGAAGAAAGCGCACAGAUUUUCUCUGCAAGAAGCACUUUUGUAAAGUAUAGAUGUGGGAAGAUAAUGACACACUGUUCCUUCUAUCCGAUUUGACCUUGAUCUCACCAGACAUUACAUAAAGGAGGGCAGUGCAAGGCACAACUUUCUUGUUAAGCUGACUGAACCCAACAGUUUUCUGCAAAAUCUUGACACAAGGUACAGCACAGGAGAAGGAGACAAAAUGUAGUUACAUCAGCCUCAAUAAACAAGGAACGGUUAGUGCAAGCUAGAGGUUAGUAACAGUAGUUAAUGACAUUUUGAGUGCUGAAGGAGUAAAGUUUGGCUUCAGGAAACUGUCUGGCACACUUUGACAAUCUAGAUGGUAAUAGGUAGGGAGUAAACUGGGUAUCUACAGAAGCUUCAGGUAAGGAAAAAUUGUGGGUUAAUUCAGCAUUUGUCCCCUAAAUAACUGGUGUAUUAUAGAAUAGACUGGACUUGCACAUUUCAAACUCGUAAUGCACAAGGUCCACAAACAUGUUAAGCUACAGUCCUCAGAUGGGAUUCAAAUCUGCAGUCCUUCAUACACCAUUUUGACUUUUCCCACUCCAUCCACUGUCCUGUCCCUCUCAAUAAAGAUUUAAAGCCCGUAAUAAAUAAAAGAUAUAUAAAUAAAUAAAAGUAGUGAUUGCUCUUAAUCAUCCCAGAUGAUAUUUACAAAGAAUGAUAUGCAGAAUCUUUUCAGUGGACUGCUGUAUCCAUAAGAUUAUAUGGGAUUAAUCAAAUAAAUACUUUUGAAGGAAUUCCCUGUUUGAAUUUUUCUUAGUAGCAUUAGUUUCUGUAACGAAAAGAACUGAUGGUCUCAAUAGUCAUUAUCCAUUGGACAACAACAUUAAAAAGUGCUUCAUCUCAGGUGCAUGACAUUCAGACAUUCACUGAUGAUAUCAAUCAUGAAUGUGUUCACAUGUAGACUGCUCAGUAGAUCAUGUACAGGGUACCUGAGGGGGUUGCUCUGGAAAUAUUUAUAUUGCAUGGUACAAUGUUUAUUUUUCACAGGGAAAAAAAAUCGCGCAGAAGAAUUUCACAGCAGAAUAUCAGUAUUUGACAUUAGCACAACUGUAUUUCACCGUGUAUAAUCAGGUACAAUAUUUGCAUUGCACAAGAAAAUAUCAAUAUUGUUUGGUUGAAUGUAUUGCUCUACAAAUAUGUACAUUCUAUGGUUAUUAUAUUGCAUGGUAAAAGUCAGAGUUUGUUUGGUAGAGUUGAGGGGUCGGUAUACUGGAGCUGUGUUUGGCUGAGUGAUGUUGAAUGAUAAAUGGUGUCCCUGCCUGGCAUUCAAAUGAGAAUGUAAACUCAUGAAAAGUAUUAGUAUGUCAUUUUUUAUCUAAAAACAUGUACAGGACAGUCUCAGUGUAACCAAAAAAGAACAGUCUAAACUGUCUUUGAAAAAUCUAGUUUGUGAUCUCAGUUGAGCCACAGGGCUCCCUUUAGUCUCCCCCUCACUUUCUCAUCUCCCUUUCCACCCUUCUCACCCUAAGAUUAUCAAUCCAGCAGAGGGCAGAAAAGAGUUAACUGCCCCAGUUGUUCUUAGGAAUCCCCUUUGGAUACACAUUUUUCAAAUACACAUGAAAGAGUUAAAAUACAAAACAGUUCCAGUUUGUUAAAUAAAGCAGGUAACUUUGGCUGCAAUGGUUUUAACAGUUGAUUUCAGCAGCGUUUUUUUCUCUACUGUUGUGACAGUGGGGGGUCAUCUUAGCAUUUCAUUCCAGCUUUGUCCCAGUUGCCGAUAAACACUGAAAGAAAUGCAGAAAUCGUGUUUGUAAAAAAGCCUCUCUUCUUAUCUAAAGGGCCUCUUUGUAGUCUUUGUAGGUCUUUGUUGUCAGUUUAAUUUCCUGUUCCCUUAGCUCUAGCAGUAGCAUCAUUCCUGUGGUGAUUCACCUCUGCUGCACGAACACAAAGAAGCACUGGAUUUAUUUGUCUGUGUGUCGCAGCUAAAUUCCUGCUGCCUGCAGGGACAGGGAACAAACAACAUUCAAACUUUCUAUGUACAUAAGUUUUUAAACAACUUUCCCGCACCUUUCUGAAAAGACUCCAAGGAUUAUUUUUGUGGCCCUGACUUUCUAUUUCUACUCUCCACAGGCCAAUGUAUCGCCCCCUUCACCAACAGGAAGGUGCCGUACUGCGUCAAGUUCAACCCAGACGAGGACAAACAGAACCUAUUUGUGGCCGGCAUGUCAGAUAAGAAGAUUGUUCAGGUAAAGCCCGCACCGUGCUACAAUCCAAUUCUGCUCCCUACAUCACCUCAUGUGUAUUUCCCAAUUGAGCAAGCACAUGCACAAAGGAGUUUCUGUGUAUACAAACGCUGCCCACAGGAGCAUGAAAUUCACUCUCCUCUCAUCUUCUAGGAUUGGUGUGUGUAUUUCUGUGUAUAUGGUUUAGGGUUCAGCGGCUGACAGGACUAGAGGGGGUCAUUUAUCAUGGAUUACAAUAAAGAAGAUGCUGUGAUAAAAGCUGUUAAUCCAUGAAUGUGCUUCCACAGAAUCAAGUGAACAGAUUUUUCAUCAGCUGAACUCAAGCCUACAUGAUGAAAGUAUGUAUUUCUGCUCAAAGAUUCUUCCAAAAGUUUUUAUUAUACAGAGCAUUUUAAAUACUCUGACAAUUUAAAAGAAACUAACAAACAAAGGAGCCCAAAACAGUGAGUUAAACAAGAAUUCAAAGCAACAAAAAUCAACAAUUCAGAGCAAGUAGACUACACCUAGGUAGUCUUGUUUUAGGAUGUAUGAAUUUUCUUCUCAAAACUGAUAAUCAUGGACAUACUGUUAAAGGAUUUCAUCUUCAAUCACAACAGGCACAUGAUUCGUCUCUUUUCUUCUCGAUGAACAGCGGUCAUUAUCACAGGAUCUGGCUCAUAAUCAGGGUUAGUUUUAAAUCAUGCAGCCCUCAUCUGUUUUUUUCUUUUUGGAACAGAUGGCUCCUCCUGUUGGCAGCUCAAGGCUAAGAUAAAAAAAAAAAAACAGCAAGGGCAUAAAUAGAAAUAGAUGGAGAAUCUGUUUGGACAGAAAUGCAUCCCAUUUGUCUCUGCCUCAAGGUUGAUUCAUUGUUUAUUGUCUUUGCUUUACACUGAAAUGUCUGAAUAUUGUUUUAUUAAAUAAAAAAAAAUGAAAUCAGAGCCUGUGAGUAAUAAGAUUGCAUAAUGAAAGUAGAGCAGGCUGGUUUACUAUAUUAAUCACUUAAUUAAUAUGGUUCGCAAUGAUUGUCCCACAGCAGCCCCAUGUGUUACAGUAACUAAUGUGUUUAUUUACCACCUGUUUGUAGUCCUAUCACAGCAGCCAGGCAGGUGAUUAAUGGGUUAAACAGCUCAUAGUCAGGAGACCAAAAUUCAAGUCCAAUCACGUGUCAACCCUCAUUGUAUUAAUGAAGCUAAUACAAAAAGGCAGAACAAGUGUAGUCCUCGACUGUCCGUCAGAAGCAACAGCCAAACACAUCCCCGGUAUUUCUCAUGUUCAAAUGCUCCAUCUGACUCUGGAAAUAAACCUGUUUACAGCAUGGUACCGAAACAGUUUUUGGCCAUGUGGCUUAAUUAUUUUUCCCUCACGGUUUCAGUCAUCGAGCACUUCUGAGCUCAUUUCAGAAUUAAACUUAAAUGUGCAUAAUUAAGGACACAACUAAGCUGACUGUCAGGUGGGCAUAAUGUAGCCAAGAGGCUAAAUGCUUGUCUCUGCUCCGGCUCCAUGUCAUUUGCUUGGGUAACAACCAGAAGAUAAAUGCCACCAAACCACCAUACAAAAAUAAUAAAACUAAACGAAAGUUAUUAAAAUUAUGCUGCUUCAGCCUAAUUUUGGACUUUUUUGUGUCUCUUUUUUUCAGUGGGACAUCAGGACAGGUGAGGUGGUUCAGGAGUACGACCGUCACCUGGGAGCUGUCAACACCAUCACCUUUGUGGAUGAGAAUCGUCGCUUUGUCAGCACAUCAGAUGACAAGAGUCUUCGAGUGUGGGAGUGGUAAGUGCAGACUGAAAGAUUUAAGUUUGUGAUGGUAUCAUCUAUUCAGUGUUGUACCCAUGAGCACGGCACUAAUUCUAUCAUGUCCUGGUCACAAAAUUUUUUUUCUCAUAUGUUCAAAUGCAUGACAUUCGUUUUCACCUUAAUGUUAUAUAUUUGAAGUUUAAGACACCAUUAAAGUGCAUGUUGGGCUUUUAUGUUUUAACCUUUUUCACAAGAAGAAAAACAAAAAAUGGGCACUAAAACCAAACUUUUUAAAGACCUACUCUUGCACUGGUCCCUGGAAUCAGUAAGAAAAAAACAAAUGUCAGGACAUCUCUAUGUUAGAUGAAGCUCAGACAGCUGUGCUGCUAAUCUGCCCUGAGUCACGGCCUCCGUCUGCUUCACAUGCAUCUGUAAUAGUGGGAGCCGUUUCUUCCCUGGAGCCUGUUUUGAACAUUGAGAAUGAUCCAGCAGAAACUCCCAUGAGCUCUGGACCAUGUGGCCAACAGUUUCAUAAAAAAACAUUUCAAAUAUUUUCAGUAGUUAUAUAAUUUUGUAAGGCAGAACUUCAACAUGGAUAUUGUCCUAUUACCGUUUUGUCAGUUGACUAUCAAGAGAGACCACCACGAGUGACUUGCAGAGUGGCCGCGGGUCAUGUGGUGAUAAACAAACUGUGCUAUUUGUUGGUUGUAAACGAUAAAUGUUUAUAGAAGCGUUGCUAAAGGAAGCUUCCUGUGGAUUCAUGCAGGGGUCCUCUUUUUUUGUCUUUGUCGAGUCUAAGAGUCUUUCUCUUCAGUUUUUCCCCUCAGCUCUUUUUCUUUUAGGGUUUGUGAGAUUGGGAUUAACUGCUGACACAAAGUUAGCCUCUCCCCACUCUCAAAGUCAGAGUUUAAGGAUGUAACAAAAUGUAAAGUGAAGCGAAUUGGCCCCAUCCUGUGAGUCCCCAAUGAGUGCACUCUUUUUUUAGUGCAGCGUGGGAGCGGAGGAGCGGGCUGAACACCGGGCCAAAGAGUGGCUUUACUGUCCCUAUUUCUCCCACGGAUACCACCUGGCACUUAGCUCUGGCUAACCCCCCACCCAUCCCCCUUGUGAGAGCUGCUACAUAGCGGCAUUAGCUGGAAUCUACCAGAACAGCCUCCCAUCUCUGGAAUAGCGAGAUGGAAAUCUAAUUUAAAUUCUGUCCCUGUUUUCACACGUAUACAAGUUUUCAGGGGAGAGCACUUUAUCUGCCGCUGAGGUUCAUCAUCAGGGAGCAGAGUCUGUGUAAGCAUCGCAGGAAGAUUACAAUCAAUAUGAAAUUUGCUGCAAUGUGUCAACAAGGAGAAUUAGCUCUUGAUCUUUAAGAUGUUGUUCAGAGAGCGAUGAGGGUGUGGGCUGGGAGGGACUUAGGGGAUGAUGGAUGGAGACAAAAAAGGAAGUGGAAAUGAAAAAUUGGCAGAGACAGAGUGAAGGACAUUACUGGAAUGCAAUGUCAUCCAUGUCCCUUAAGUCCUGUGUUUAUUUUAAGUACAGAUUGAGGAGUUUUCCAGACUGUCCUUCAUCAUGGGUCCUGACCUUUUUCAAUCCCUCUGCUGCCAGCCUACAUAUAAAAUUAUGUAAAUAUUUUCUCAUCAGAAAUAACUGCACUAACUUGAAAUUAAUGAGCAAAGUUCAUUCACCCUUUUGUCAAUACUAAUUAUGUUGAGAGAAAGCCUUUCCACUUUAGCUCCCACUAACAAACAAAAACAGUCUAGUUCAUUUCCUCUUAAGUCUUCUCCUCCUCCUGAUAUUUUCUCUACAUGCAAUUACAAAGUCUGGCCUCUCUGCUGACAUCAUUCAUGCAGGAUCAAAGUGCAUCUAGAAAUUUUACUAUACAAGCUCAAUUAUUCCUAAACCUCCAGAAUAAAAAACGAUUCAGGUGUAUUUUUAUGUGUAGGAGGGCUCUGAUUUUUUGUCUUGCUCUUUUUUAAGCUCUUAAGUUUCUAGGUCUCUGCUGCAGCUGUGACUCUUCCCAGGAAAUGAAGAGAUAUAGCUUUAGUGUAAGUAGAGUAGUGCAGGAUAGGACGGGCUUGUUGCUCCUCAUCUCCUUCGCGGUGUCAACACAUACAGCAUGAGACAGAAGGACACAAACAACAGGUUCCGCUCAUGUUCUCAGUCUGCAGUCACUCUCACAGAGGAAAUGCACAUUUCAGGUAUACACUGUGCAUAGAUGUCAUGGUGGACAUUGAACUCACGCUCCAGAUUUAUGUUGAGUUAGGAUGUUUGUUGUGAUUAUUGUCAUAAAUAUUGACCAAAGCUGAAGUCAGAGAAUACAAGAAGUACAAUCAAGAAGAAGACCUAUGAUCAACCUUGGCUGAAUAGCAUGGCGGAUAUUUAGCAUUUUGACUAUUAUCUGUAUCUGCCUUUUACAGAUGGACGAUAAAAUUAAUUAAGACGUGCUACUAACCCCUUACUGUUGGGAUGUCUUUGCCUCUGGGUCUUUUUUCCUUUAGCACCACUUUCAGUACAUUUUUAAAAAAUGAUUUUUCUGUCUUUGUCCAUUUUGGUAUAUCCUAAAUUUAGACAGAGAUUUUCUUUUUUUGCUGUGUAUGCUGGUUCCCUAUAUUGAUAUUCAGUCUCAUGAACUGCUAAUGAUCAGUGUUGGUAUCAGCUCUGAAAAAACAAUAUUGGUUGUCCUCUAGUCAAACAUAAUUUCCCUGACAUGACAGUGUUAACAAAAAAAAUUUAAAACCUCCUUGAGGUAGCUGUUGUGUCAGCUUCCAUUAUAUUACAGUGAUGGUCAUAAUGUUGUGGCUGACCAGCGUGUAAACGCUGCACAGCAAACAACUAACAAUAAGACUCAAAUUUGGCCAAAAGCAGUUGUACAAUUCCAAGAUCAGGUCUGCAUCAACCUAAAUUCUCACAUUGUAUGCCCAGCGUCAGUGAAAAAGUCAUCCUCGCACAUGCCCACAGAGGGCCCUACAGAAUUAAAGGCUCUUUAGUAAUGCUACAGCACACUUGAGUCUGAUUAAAUAGUAGUUUUUUGGCCUUGUCUAAAACCGAGAGAAAUAGCAGAUCAUACAAAUAGAGAGACAAAUGAGUGAUAAAGGUUAUAGUAAAUAAACUGAUGUCCGUACAGUCUGCAGUGCAUCAUCAAACGUUCCUAUCAGAUUGCAUGAAGUGUUUUACACACUAAAACUGUAACAGAGAUGCUCUCUGCUUUUUCACCCUCACUGUUUUCUCAUUAAUAUCACACAUCUUCAAAAACGAACCAAAGAGUCAUGAAGGGUUUUUCAUCAGAUACGUCCACAUGUCACUCUUUAGGGCUGUUCAGGUAUCUCUCUUAUUAUCCUGUGUUUUAUCCAUCCUCAAGUGGACUCACUGUGCUUUGUGCUUCUUUCAGGGACAUCCCUGUGGACUUUAAGUACAUCGCUGAGCCAAGUAUGCACUCCAUGCCAGCUGUGACCCUCUCCCCCAACGGUAAGCAGUGGAAGCAUCAUAAAAACACUCAGAUGCACAGCAGAGAGGGCUCAUGGGAGAAAAAAACCCACAUUGCGAGAUUGAAGUUGAUUGUUACCCUCAGGGUUGGUUAUUGCACAGACAAAUUAAAACUCAGUUCAUCAGUAAAUUAAUUUAUGCAGUCCUCCAGAGCAGGUAACCAGCAUCAGACCUGGGCUGUGAUUCAUUUCCAGGCCUUUGAUUGUUGCUCUUGGUGCCAGCUGUCACAUAGGGCCCACUGAGCUUGGUUUAAACUCUGUAAUGUAAAGUGUUGUGAGGAUCUGUAGAGCGCACAGCAGCAAGAGGUUUCAAUUAAUGGCAUGUCAGUGAGGGGUAGGAGAGUGGAGCUGCAGUGAAAUAACAAUUACUUUGCCUUUGUUGUUGCGAUAGAUCUCUGCUGGUUAAGCGUUUAGGCUCAAGAUGGAAAAUGCUCCUCCUGCAAGGAGAAGAUGUGAAGAAAAGUGGAACAAUGCAGAGAAUAUCAUCCCUAAAAUCCCCCCUAAAAGUUCCAGUUUUUUUGUAAUUAUUUAUUAAAAUUUUUUCAUAAACAGUAUAUAACUUUAUUAACAACAAUAGAACUACACCCCCCCCCCCUUCCAUGAAAUAAUAGUAAUAGUAAUGGCAAAAAUUAUAAUAAUAAUGACAAUAUAUAAAAGAAAAUAUAAAUGUUUAUAUAUAAAAGGAUUAAAAAUGAUAAUGAUAAUAAUAAUAAUAAUAAUAAAAAUUAUAAGAUAUAAACAAAUUAGUUAAAUAAUUAAAUUUAAAAAAAAAUUACAGCAAAAUAUAUGCAGCAAGGGUCAAUGGAAAAGCACAGCUACUCCUGCAGAUGUGCUACAACCAACAACCACCACCACACCAUUGACAGUACUCAUUAUCUAUGAGAAGUUAUCCAGAUACAUUUUAAAGUCAUUCCAGCAUUUGCCAAAAAGAUGGGGUUUCUUUUUCAUAUUAAAAAUGUUUUUUUCAGAGGGCAUGUAUGAUGCAACUUCCUUAAGCCACAUUGAGGCAGUAGGAGGGUUUUUACUUUUCCACAACAUAGCGAUGCAUGUACUUCCAGCAAUUAGGGAUAGCCAUAUAAAACAUGUUUUCCUUAUCUUAUCAGUGGGUAAGACAGACAAAUCACCAGCAAAAUCAAUCUUGGUGAGAGAGGAAUCUCAAUGUUCCAGUUUCUGUUUGAAGGCAUGUCCAGACAACCUCAGGUUUCUCAGCGCUUUUAAUACAAGGUCUUUAAUACCAGAGAUAAUCGUGUAAAGAAAAAAAAAAGACCCCUGUGCCUCAUGGAAGUGACCAUAGAGUCCUAUUUAAAUUGCUUUGUGUUUUGACAGUCUCAUCACACAACAUGCAAUAUAAGUCAUUUGACCUUAAGACAUCAUGCUGUCACUGCCUCCUUAUUGUCCAGGACUAAUCUUAGAGAAAUGUCCGUCUGAAUUCGGCUCCACUUAGUGUCUCAUUUAAAAAGGCAGAAAAUUCCAGAGACUGCAGCACUGCGAGAGGUACAGAACUUCAGACUGAUCAGCUAUAUUGAUUAGGAUGUGAGUGUACCUAAGCCUGCUGCUCUCUCUGUUUUUAAAGUUUGCUAAUCCUUAAAGACCUCACAUGAUGCCAGACUUAGGGGGUUCUUCCUCUUCAUGUGUUACACUCUGUUUGAAUCAGACACUCCCUGUUGCACUCCAUCAGCUUCAACAGCCGUCAGUCUCAACAGCUACUCUGUACUUAUCUGCUUCCUUUAUCUCUGCUGUCUUUGAUUCCUCUUUGUGAUGUACUCUCACCACUACUCUGUUCUCUCAACUGCAUGGCCCUUUUAUUUGUCCGAACGUGGCUUGUGUUUCUUCAGGGUGUGAAUAAUGAAUGUGUGCUCAGUGGGAGACCAUUCUGUUUGCUCUAAUGCUUAAAUGGCAUCUCACUCAUACCCCUAUUGGCACUGCAUCCUCAGUCUCUUUCCCAUUUCUCCUCUCCUCAGUCUCUUGCCAUCCUCAUGAAACAGACAGGUGUAAUUGGACCAGUUGUUUCCACUGUCCUGCACUUACUGCAACACACACACACACACACACACACACACACACACACACACACACACACACACACACACACACACACACACACACACACAGAGUAGAUCUUUUUUCUUAUACCACAUUCAUAAUUUCCAUCAUGUUUCCUUUCAAAAAAGUGCAGCGAGUCGUGUAAUGCUUUGACACAGAAGUGCUGAAUCUUAUCACAUCAAAGUGAGUUUGGGUGUGAAGUCUUGUCAGCAGCUAUAAUACUCUGUAAAGGAGAUUUCAACUGAGUAGUCACUUCUGAGAGUCCUUUUUCCUUACGAUGGCCUCAAUCUUUUCUACUUAAUGAUAGCAUAAUGAGAAGAACUAUUCCUCUCGGCAUCGCCCAGUCAGAGUAAAGUUUCCAGAUUUUACAUUUUCUAUUCACUUUCACUUUCAGGACAUGUUCCUCUAUUACCAUGUACCCUCUAUUAAAGAUAUCUGACUCUCAGAGUUGUUACUCUGCCAUCUUUUGCCCAACACAGACUGUGUUGGCAGAGUAUGAUAUCAUGUCACACCCAAGACAGUAGACGCUGUGUGUUUAACAUUUGGCCGCUCAGAAUUAUGCUCAUGAGACAAACCAGCAAGCUAAUUUGUGCUUUGAACUUGUUGUGACAACCUUUGAAGCUAAGAUCUUAUAAGCAGGCUGUAUCAUGUUACUAAACAGGAAUGCCUUUCAAAACUUAGCUGAAAAUUUAUCUCUUUUAUAUGUUAGUAACACUUAAUGUGAAGGUACUCAGGACAAGCUUUUAUUAAGAGUUCAUAAGACACCUAUUAGACCAUAUAAGCUGCUUAUUAACAUGUAUAAGUGUUAAUUAAAGCAUCAUCAAAACAUUUAUCAUUGCUUUCGGACAAUUAGAGGCGCUAUUGGGAACUUGUUAACACUAUUAAUGAAAGCAAAACCUGUGCACGUGGAAGAAGAUGGAGUUCAGGCCUUGAAAGCCUCUGUGUUGCUAACUAUUCACAGUAUAGCAGAGACAGACCUAACACAAAUAAACAGGCACUACCCUAGAGAAUGUCAUGAACCAAGAGGGUAUCCUGAAAGUCGAUGCAACAUUUUAAAGCAUGAAACCUGAUUUUGGUCCUGAAAGGUCUCUUAUUUUAUUUUGCAGUGACAUUAUGCAUUUAUUUAUUUAUCGCUAUUAUACACAUAAUUAUUUAUUAAAUGUCUACUACUUCCUUACUUAUGAAAUAAUGUAUCACUAGCACUGACAUGUUUACUUUGCACUCUGGUGAGAUGCGAAAAUACUUUUUGCUGUACUGUACUUGUACUGUACAUUGACAAUAAAUUAAAUCUCAUCUCAUCAUCAUCUCAUCACUGGGUUUUGCAGGGACACCUCUACUGUCUAGGAAAAAAGGAGUAAUGAGAAGCAACACAGAAACCCUGCUACUAUAACAUGAUGAUGAUGAUUUAGCUUUUAUCAUUUCUGAGCAGCUGAUGAGAUUAAGCUAAUACAUGCUUGUUUUUGUUGUUGUUUCUUUGGUCAGGUAAAUGGCUAGCGUGUCAGUCCAUGGACAACCAGAUUCUGAUCUUUGGAGCCCAAAACCGCUUCAGGCUGAACAAGAAGAAAAUCUUCAAAGGCCAUAUGGUGGCUGGCUAUGCCUGCCAAGUGGACUUCUCCCCAGACAUGAGGUAAGCCUUGACUUUGUAUUUUUUUUUUUUUUUUUUUCAGAUGAAGGACAGCUGAGGUUCUAACAGGUGAUCGAUAUGUAAUUAUAUGUUAUUAUGUGGAAGAGGUAAAUAUGCAGGGGAAAUGCAAACUCCACUACCAGUGAAUUGAUAAAUCUGUUUCUUCAAAGAGAUGAUCAAAAGUGCUGUAAUGAGUGGGAAGAAAAAAGUCAAUGUCAUGAAAUUAAAAAGUAUUCAAGCAGGCUUAGAACUGAAGGAGGCACUUUGACUUGAGAUCUGAACAUUUCCACUAUGCAAACAGGUCUGCUUGCCUCCUGUCCUCUAAAAAGCAGCCAGGUAAAAAAUAAGUGGUGAAACAGAAGCCUGCCCCCUCAUGAGUUCAUGUAUACGCUCUUCUCUCUAACUAGGACAGUCCAGCACACUAUUUUAAGCCAAAAAUCCUAUUCAGAGCUGUUUUCCCUCACUCCCCACCAACCACUUCCCACAUCAGUGAGCAUGUGCCCCAGCUUUAUUUCAUAUCCAUGGCAACCAUACAACUCCUUGUUUGGCUGAAAUAUCCAAAUUUAUGACUCCCACCUUUUGGCAGGUAAAGUUGAGAAGGAAGAACUGCAAAGUCCUAAUCCCUCCACCCUCUCUCUUCUUCCUCUUCUGUUUUUUUUUCUCUCUCUUUCAUUUUUCCAGCUAUGUGGUGUCAGGAGAUGCAGAUGGGAAGCUGAACAUUUGGGAUUGGAAGACCACCAAGCUCUACCACAGGAUCAAGGCUCAUGAUAAGGUGUGCAUCAGUGCUCUGUGGCAUCCACAUGAAACCUCCAAGGUGAUCACUUGUGGAUGGGAUGGACAGAUCAAACUCUGGGACUAGAUGGUUAUCCUUGUGUGUGUCUUUUAUGAGACUUUUCCACUCAAGUCAGACAGGAAGGGACUGACUGUCUCACAGAUUUUGUAAAACCUCAAGUCAGAGCCACAGGACUGGUAUCCAGUCGUAUUGUAGCUGUGUAUUUUUGUACCCUUUGUCAAGACCCCAAAAUGAACCCUGUGUGUCAUGUACACACAAGAUCAGAAAACAGGAUUUUGAUCAUUGUUUCUUUAAUAAAAGUCAUAUGAGAGGGUUGGCGUUAAUAUACAUGAUGGUUUUUUCUUGCAUUUUUUAUGUUCUUUGUAGUAUGUUAGUAAAGUUUGUAGUUUUCUGUUGUGUAACCAACACUUUGUGGAAAUAAAACUUCUGUCAAAUUUACUUGGUAAGGGGGAAAGCAUUGUAUGUCUUUGAUUCAACCAAAGACUGUUUAAAAGAUUAAUAACAUGGCAUGACUUAAACAUAGAGAACCCUCUACUUUAGGUCAUGAACUGAGGUAUUGGUCCAACUUGAAAAUACAUGUCAAAGAAGGUUUUUCAAACUCAUUUUCUGUCAGUGUGUGUGUGUGUGUGUGUGUGUGUGUGUGUGUGUGUGUGUGUGUGUGUGUGUGUGCGUGUGUGUGUGUGUGUUUUCUCACAUUUUUUCUUUAUUUUAAGUGUAUCUUCAAUGGGCCAGAGAAUUUGAUGCCAAUAUUUCCUAUCAUCAUUAGAUGUGGGCUGUGUUCUUUACACCAGUGUGGCCAAUAUAAGAGAAUUACAUGCAGAGAGAGGCCUUUUAUUAUGGCUUUCCACCUGAUAGAUGGCAUCCCGAGAAGCAAGCAGCUGCUUUACUGCACAAAGCAUGUUGUAUGCAAAGGAAGGACCAGAACCAUCCGUCAGCACCGUUUUUUCCAUUCUCAGUCAUUCAGUCAUAAUCAUGCUUUUAAAAAAUCAGUGGUAUACUACUGAGUGAAUAAACUUGUCAAGUACUGCUUUAA